AUGACGGACAAAUCUGUAUUGCCUCCGAAAUUUUCUGGUGGACCCCUAGGCUUAGGUGAUCCUGAAGAUAAAACACUACGAAAAGUGGAGACUGAAGUUAUGGUUCCUAAAUUAAUGAGAGAAAAGGCAAGAACAGAAAAGUGUAUUCCGGAAGUUGCAGAGUUUGAGAAAUGUUGCAAAGAAUCUUCAUUAUUAAUGGUAGUUAAGUGUAGGAAAGAAAAUUCAGCAUUAAAAACAUGUCUUGGCUCUUGGUACAAUAAUGAAGAAUUUAGACAAUAUUGUACAGAAGAAUAUUUGAAAGAGAGGAGUGAAUACAGAAAAACCGGUAUUAAAAAAACUAUGAAGAGAGUUUAA